UCUGUCCUCCACCUCCUCUCACGCUGCCUACCAAACCAGAUCGGCCAUUCAUCCAGCAUUUGCUGAAGCGGCAUCAUUCCCACCGUAGCCCUCGGAGCACAGCGAUGUUUUCCUGCAGAGCGGCCUUGCAGAGGUGUGGGCCUCUGGCACGGAGAGCAGCCUAUAGGUUGCCUCGAGAUGUUGUGCAGAGGCGGCAGAUGUCAUCUGUUCCUGGCGGGUCUGGGGAGAACAUAGUCUACGCCUUGCUGUGUGGUGGAGCCUUCGUCGGCGCUGUAACAUAUGCAAUCAAAACUGUGUCCUCAGACAGCGAGAGGUUCAAUGAUCGUGUCGCAGAAAUCAAGGCCAGACCAAAGGUUGAAUGGGUCCCUAAACCAUGGCCACCAAAGAGCAGGGAUGAAGAAGAAGGAGGAGAGGAGGAGGAGGCUGCAGCUGAGGAGGAGGAGGCAGCUGCUGCUGAGGAAGCCGGUGGAGAGGCCGAGGUUGAGGCCGAGGCUGUUGAAGAGGAACCUGCCGCUGCUGCUAACGGCGAGGCGGAGACCGUAGUGGAGGAGGUCGCAGAGGUUGUCGCGGAGGCUGCCGAGGUCGUUGCCGAGGUGGCCGAGGGCGUUGCCGAGGCCGCUCAGGAAGUGGAGAAGGUGGCGGAAGAAGUGGCCCAAGUGGCAGAAGCUGUCGAGGAGGCUGCUGAGGCCGUCGCAGAACCAGCCGCCGUCGCCGCCGAGGAGCCCGAAAGCAACGUGCUGCUGGCAGCUGCCUCUACUCUAGAAGUACCGAAGAUACCUGAAGUAAUAGAGUUGGCACCCGAGUCUCCAGCACCAGAAGAAGCAAAGCCUGUUGAAGAAAUUGCACCAGCUGUUGAGGAGGUUGUGGCACCAGUAGAGGCUACACCAGUGGCUGAAGAGACCCCAGCACCAGUUGAGGAGGCACCAGUGGUUGAUGAGGCUCCUGCACCAGUUGAGGAGGCACCAGUGGUUGAAGAGGCUCCUGCACCAGUUGAGGAGGCACCAGUGGUUGAAGAGGCCCCAGCACCAGUUGAGGAGGCACUAGUGGUUGUAGAGGCCCCAGCGGUUGUAGAGGCCCCAGCACCAGUUGAGGAGGCACCAGUGGUUGAAGAGGCCCCAGCGGUUGAAGAGGCCCCAGCACCAGUUGAAGAGGCCCCUGCACCAGUUGAGGAGGCACCAGUGGUUGAAGAGGCCCCUGCACCAGUUGAGGAGGCACCAGUGGUUGAAGAGGCUCCUGCACCAGUUGAGGAGGCACCAGUGGUUGAAGAGGCCCCUGCACCAGUUGAGGAGGCACCAGUGGUUGAAGAGGCCCCUGCACCAGUUGAGGAGGCACCAGUGGUUGAAGAGGCCCCUGCACCAGUUGAGGAGGCACCAGUGGUUGAAGAGGCCCCUGCACCAGUUGAGGAGGCACCAGUGGUUGAAGAAGCCGCUGCACCAGUAGAGGCAGCAGCAGUGGUUGAAGAGGCCCCUGCACCAGUAGAGGUGGCUCCAGUGGUUGAGGUGGCACCAGUAGUUGAAGAUGCCCCUGCACCAGUAGAGGCGGAAGCAGUGGUUGAAGAGGCCCCCGCACAAGUAGAAGAAGUUCCAGCAGCCCCUGCUGUAGAAGUAGCCAGCCCUGUGGUGGAAGAACCAGCUGCAGCCCCAGUGGAGACCCUGGCAGAAGACCCCAAGAGAGAGUACAUUGUUGUGGUUCUGGAAGGAACACCUAACGCAGAAAAAAGGCCCAAGGUGCUGGGAGUGGGGCCCAUGGGUGGUAGGAUCAUCCCAGCUCCAGAUGAUGACGAAGCCCAUGCUGCUGAGGGUAAACGACGCCUCCUUAGGAUGCAAAUGCAGUAGUUCCAACUAAGUAAACUCCUGAAUGAUGACUUUAUCCUGCGGAAGAAGAGGAUGUGCCUUUCUCCAACACUUAUCCCCCCUCCUUUCACCCUGAAACACAAGGGACUAAUAUAUAGUUCCCGUGUUAAGACACACACACUCUAGUGUUUGGAUCAAUUGCCUGUUUAAUAUAAUAACCAUCCUAACAUGUUAGCA